UCUCUCUCUCUCUCUCUCUCUAAAUAUAUAAAUACAUUUUAGUCUGUAUGUAUGUAGAUUGCAGUACACCAUUUUAAAAAACUCUCGAGUGUUUAUGUAUAAUUUGCAGAAUAUAUGUAAUUGAGGGAAGAACUGAAGGAGCAAUGGGGUGUGGGCAAUCAAGAUUAGACAACGAAGAAUCGGUUUCGAGAUGCAAGGAGAGGAGGAAUCUAAUGAAAGAAGCCGUUUCCGUACGCAACGCCUUUGCUUCCGUCCACUCCGCCUACGCCACGGCUCUCAAGAACACUGGCGCCGCCCUCAAUGACUACGCUCUAGGGGAAGCGCCAUCCGCCCAGCCCCCGUUGCUUGUGAAUCAGCCCAGUUCCGAGCUCCCUCCGCCGCCGCCGUUACCCAAUUUCUCCCCAAUGCCGCCGCUGCAGCGGGCUAUGACGACGCCUGAGCUCUCGAAGCCGCCGGGGAAGAUGGCGGGGGAUAAGGAAACAACAGAGGCGGCGCUGCCUCCUCCUCCGCCGGAGAGUAAAGGCGAGGCGUGGGAUUAUUUCUUUAUGGUGGAGAACAUGGCGGGAGGAUCACUUGAGGAGGAGGAAGAAGAUGAUGGGUCAGUGGAGGAGACGGAAGAGGAGAAUGGGGGGGUUGAAGAGUUGAAAGGGGUGGAGCAAACUCCGGCGAAAGAGAAACACUUUAUUAUGCAUUCCAACACGGUGGCGCCGGAGAUUAGAAAAUCUGGUGCGGCGGUUGGCAAUAUUGAGGAUUUCUUCAAAGUGUUGGGUGAGAUUGAUGAUCGUUUCCUCAAGGCUUCGGAAUGUGCUCAAGAGGUUUCAACUAUGCUUGAGGCAACUCGCUUGCAUUACCACUCCAAUCUCCCUCAAAAUCCAGGACAUAUUGACCAUGCUGCAAGGGUUAUGCGUGUUAUUACAUGGAACAAGUCAAUUAAUGGUUUACCCAAUGGUAAUGGUGAUGAUACAAAGGAUGAGUUGGGCAGUGAUGAAUAUGAGGAGACACAUGCUAGUGUUUUGGAUAAGUUGCUGGCGUGGGAGAAGAAACUAUAUGAGGAAGUGAAGGCUGGUGAACUGAUAAAACAUGAAUAUCAAAAGAAAGUGAGGCUGCUAAACAAGCUGAAAAAGGGGAAUAAUGCUACUACUUCUGAGGCGUUGGAGAAGACAAAGGCUGGUCUUAGUCAUUUGCAUACACGCUAUGUAGUUGACAUGCAAUCUUUGGAUUCAACCCUCACUGAAGUCAACACUAUUCGAGACAAGCAAUUGUACCCAAUACUUGUUGACCUUGUUCAUGGGAUGGGCAGGAUGUGGGAAUCCAUGUGCACACAUCAUGAAAACCAGCUAAACAUUGCUACUCACCUCAAAUCAAUUGAUAUCUCCAUUACCACCCCCAUUGAAACAAGCAAGCAUCACCUUGAACAUACCAUCCAGCUUGCCAAGGUUGUUGCAGACUGGGGACAACAGUUUGAUCAUCUUGUGAAUAACCAAAAGAGUUACAUCCAAGCCCUAAACGCCUGGCUGAAGCUAAACCUGAUUCCCAUGGAGAGCAGCAGCCUCAAGGACAAAACAAUCUCUUCUCCUCCUACUCCUCCCCCGCCAAUUCAGCCGCUCCUUCAAGCCUGGCACGAGCUUCUCGAGAAGCUCCCUGAUGAGCCCGCUAAAAGCGCGAUUGCUUCCUUUGAAGCCGUGAUCAGGACCAUCAUUGCUCACCAGGAGGAAGAAGUGAGGCUCAAGGAGAAGUGUGAGGAAACUAGAAAGGAAUACGUUCGAAAGAGGCAGGCAUUCGAAGAAUGGUACCAAAAGUAUACGCAACGCAGAACAAUGGAAGCAAUAACAGAGACAACAAAUCCCAAAGAUCCAAUUGCAGAGAAGCAGUUUGCAGUGUUGAGCUUGAAGAAGAGAUUAGAAGACGAAAUCGAGGCUCACCAGAAGCAGUGCAUUCAAGUGAGGGAGAAAUCAUUGGGAAAUCUCAAGGUUAGACUGCCUGAGCUUUUCCAUUCCAUCACAGAUUACUCCCAUGCCUGCUUAGAUGCUUACCAAAGAUUGGGGCUGCUAGUAGUACAGCAAUCCCAAAACCGCCCUGCUUGAAGUAUUAUUAUGUUUAUGUGUAGUUUUGGGCAAUCUGAUCUAUUGUCCAAACUUAACAUGUUUUGUUAUCAAAUGUAUUAGUAAAUUUAGUGUGUAUCCACUUAUCCAUUUUUGUUAAUUGAUUUGAAUUUAGCGGAGUGUAAAAAGUGACACUGUAAUUAAGCAUGAAGUUGAAAAAAAUAUUAUAUACUGUUUCCUAUC